AGAGACGAAAUUGGUGUGUCCUGACAUACAGUGCAUCUCCGUAAAUCCUCUGUUGGGACUGUGGUGGACGAAGAAAACACAACAACAAAGUUUCAGGAAGUAGCUGUGGUCCUGCGAGCGCUGGAGAGGACAGGGGGUAGAAACAGUCCCAACAGCAGCCAUGAAGCUACGACUACAUUUUGUGGUGGACCCCAUGGGCUGGCUCUGCAUCAGUGUGGUGUUUGGCAUCUGGCUCUACAAUUCAUUUUUUGUCCCUAAACUUGUUCUACUUCCACACUACAAUGAAGGACACAUACCUUGGGCCAUUGUUGUUUGUUAUUACAUCGCAUCUGCAUUGUGCUUUGCGGCCCUGUUCAGAGCUUCCACAGCAGACCCCGGUCGUCUUCCUGUUGACCCUCAUAUACCUCAUUCUGAGCGAGAACACUGGGAGCUGUGCAAUAAAUGUAACUUAAUGAGACCAAAGAGGUCGCAUCACUGCAGCCGCUGUGGCCACUGUGUUCGCAGAAUGGACCAUCACUGUCCUUGGAUUAAUAACUGUGUGGGAGAAGACAACCAUUGGCUCUUCCUCCAGCUUUGUUUUUAUGCUCAGGUUCUCAGCUUGUUCACUCUUGUGCUGGACUUCUGCCAGUACUACUACUUCCAACCCCUGACACAACUGGAUCAGGAGAAAUUUACAACACGACAUGAACUGGCUUUGCUGCGAGUUUCAGCGCUCAUGGGAGUGGUCAUGUUUGGUGGCAUGACCAGUUUGUUCUACACUCAAAUGACAGGAAUCCUUUCAGAUACAACAACUAUAGAGAAAAUGUCUCAGUUCUCAAAUGACAUGUUAAAUUCAAAGAAGAAGUGGCAGAGGGCGUUGGCUGAGGUCUGUGGUACUCGAUGGAAACUGCUGUGGCUGCUUCCACUCAGAGCGAGGCAGCCUCUCCAGUCAGGACACCAUUACCGCUCCCACGUUUAGGUCAGAGAUAUUUUAUUCCCUUUAAAUUGUAUGAGCUAUAAGAACACUACACCAACAGGAUCCAAUGUCCCUUUUGCGGAUUUAUUAGAAGAUAUGACACAUCAAACCUCUUUGCGUUUUUUGUUGCUUCUUGGCUUUUUUCAAAAUAUCUGACUGAUUUUGAGGACUGCUUUGCCGAAUCAAGAAACUCCAAUGGAAAAUUUAUGUUUGUUUUUGCGCACUGUGAAACUUGACAACCUUUGAAAGACUUGGAUUGCGUUGGAAAACAAGCCCUCACUCAGGUUAAAUAUAUAAAAAAAAAACUUUAUUAACUGACCUUCAAUCAGACACGGAAUGAGAAUGACUGCAGUGUAUAUGGGGUUUUCUGUAAGAUGUUGGUGCCUUGUUUUAUUUAAUCAUAUUUAAUUUUGUUGCAUGAGCUGGUUUUAAUCUUAUGUUUUUAAAUAUUUAUUUUUAUAUGGGAUUUUUUUUGUCUGAGGGGAAUGUUGCAGUUACACUGGUUGAUUUUUGAAUGUUUUCCUUCAUUGUUGUUGGAUUUUUGUAUCAUGUUUUAUGAAGCGUGACCAUGUACUUAGGCAGCCUCAAUAUUAUGACUGCUGACGGUAAAAUACACACUUAAAAUUUUUGUCAUAGAUGAUUUUGUAAACAUUUUGUCUUCAAUGUGUUAAAAGAACAAGAUAAUAAGCCAUGUUCUGACAAGGAGGAAAUC